UUUCAGGCAAAAUUAGAGACAAAAGCUUUGAAAGCAAAACGACCAGGGUUCACAGACGAUCGUUACAAUGAGACGUCAUAUUACAUCGAAAAUGGUCUCCGCAAAGUCUACCCGUACUACUUCACAUUCACGACGUUCACAAAAGGACGCUGGGUAGGCGAGAAGAUCCUGGAUGUAUUCGCGAGGGAAUUCAGAGCCCAUCCGGCGGAAGAAUACGAGAGAUGCAUCAAGAGCGGCUCGCUCACUGUCAACUACGAGAAGGUGGACAUCGACUACCGCCUCAAGCACAACGACCUACUCGCCAACGUCGUACACAGGCACGAGGUGCCAGUCACUGCAGAGCCAAUCACCAUCGUCCACAUGGACGAAGACGUUGUGGUCGUUAACAAACCCGCAUCCAUCCCAGUUCACCCGUGCGGCAGAUACAGACACAACACGGUCGUCUUCAUCCUGGCAAAGGAGUACCAGCUGAAAAACUUGAGGACCAUCCACAGAUUGGACAGGCUGACCAGCGGCCUCCUACUGUUCGGAAGGACCCCGAAGAAAGCUAGACAGAUGGAACACCAGAUAAGAAACAGGCUCGUUUCCAAAGAAUACAUCUGCAGAGUCGAUGGAAAUUUCCCGAGUGAAGUUGUGCAGUGUUCUGAGCCGAUAGAAGUGGUCAGCUACAAAAUCGGCGUUUGCAAAGUGAGCCCCAAGGGCAAGGAGUGUACGACAAUCUUUCACAAAUUGGGCUACAACGCCGAGACGAACACAAGCGUCGUUGCUUGCAAACCGCACACAGGCCGAAUGCACCAGAUCAGAGUCCACUUGCAAUACUUGGGCUAUCCAGUCGUUAACGACCCUCUCUACAAUCAUGUAGUGUUCGGCCCUGAGCGAGGCCGGGGUGGCAACAUCGGCAAGACCGACGAGGAGUUGAUCAGAGAUCUUAUAAGCAUUCACAAUGCUGAGAAUUGGUUGGGUAUCGAUGGCGACCCAGAUCUGUUCAAACCACUUCUUAACAUUGAUGAUGAAGAGAAAGGUGUAGGUAGUCGGGAAGCAUCGCCGUGUGAAUCAACAAAUGUCAGCAACCCGACGACCGUCAUACCAGUGCCGCCUUCGAACCCUCUCGGGAACCACCAGAAAAACAGCAAAGUGACAGUGGCCACCCAAACCGGCCACGAGCCACCAGACCUGGCUUUUGACAGCGAUAAAAUGACCACAGAUGCACACUGUUACGAAUGCAAAGUCAGAUACAGGGAUCCAAAGCCAAAAGACCUCAUCAUGUAUCUUCAUGCCUGGAAAUAUCAGGGACCAGGAUGGGGUUACCAGACCGAGCUGCCAGAGUGGGCAAGAGUCGACUGGGUCGAACCAAAAGACUGAAGACAGUUAAACACCUAUAAAAACUUCUAAUGUGUUACCAGUUAUUUGCUACUUCACAGGACGGAAACUGGGCUCGGCCACAAUCAUACACCAAACAAUUGAAAAUGACAACACAAAACAAAGCCUUUUUAAUUUCUUCCUUACCAAAAUUCCAAAUCAGCCGAGCUCAUUUUCGUUCAUCUUUUGGGUGAUCUUAACAUUUUGUGUUCCAUUUCUGGCAGAUUGGUUAAUGUAUAAAAGAAAAAUUUUAAAACUCUUGUAAAUUGUGAUGUACAGUUAGUCGUUGUUAGCCUUUGGAGGUACUGUAAAGUAUAGAAUCAACGUCUUGUAUCAAUGUGUGAUUUAAUAUACCAGAGCUUACUUGUACUUGACAAGGUAUUUAGGUCCAACAGGCAGUUUUAUUUGGCGGCAGAUACCAUUGCCGCUGGCCAAAAGACACUAACUCUUAAAUUAGUUUCAAUUGUUUCCCCUUUUAUUCUAGCUAAUAGUUUUAAGUAAUUGUUAUUUUGUUAAUUAAAAAGAAUUAUUUGACACAAAAAAAGUGAAAAUGUAAAAAAAAUGUAGUUUUUAAAAAAAGUUUUAAAUUUCAUAAUUCCCUGAGAGAAGAAAGAACCGUUUUCUUGUCAGUAUUAAAUAUGUAUUGAGAUGUCAAGAAAUUUUUAAUACUAAGAUGGGCUUUAACCGGUGUUUUCAUAGUGGACGUAAAAUUUAAAAUAUUUCUUAGUAUUUAAGACUUAAAAAAUAUUUAUAUUUGUUAAUGGUAAUCGAUUUAAAAGUUCGACCUCUCCGGUUUCCCUUUCCAGCAUUCCUACACCAUAAAAAAAAAGAGUAUGCCAAAUGUAAUCUUCUCCUCAAAAUCAAUGUAAUGUAAAAAGUAUAACAAGAGCCCGAGAUAUUUGUAUAAAUAUUCUAUCAAUUUGUAAAAAAAAUUCAAAAGAUGAGUAAGAUUACCAUGUUAAUUUUAAAUGCUAAUGUUAGGGAAUAACGAGGUUUGAACUUUACAUCCGGUGGGGGCAAAUAUUCCCUUUAUUGCCUUUUAGACAUACAACUUCUGUGUGAGGAGUGGUCUUAAAAGAAGUAAAAUAAGAGAUACAACCGUGCCUUCAGUUCAGCACCGCUCGUGAACCGUUGAUAAAAUCUAUAAGAGCGAUUUGAGAUGUAUUUUUCUAUCUCUCUGAAAGCGAUAAUUGUAGAGUGCAGUGCUGGGCCCGUUUGCUUUUCACUAAUCAGUAAUGUAAAAUUAAAAAAUAUCAUUCAAAGAAGAAAAGAUAUAUUUUAACAAGGAGAAAAUUUUAAGCCUAUAAGCAUGUAUUAUACACAAAAAUUUACAAUUUUAGAAACUAUUUUUUAUCAUGCGAAAGAACUUUAAUCGACAGAAAUUUGUAUUUUACAAUAUAAAAAUGUUUUAAUAAGUAAAAAUAUUCUUAGAGUUUUUUUUUGCUGAAAUUAGCUUAUUCUCAGAACUGUUUUAUAAUGCUGGGAAUUAGACAAACUGUUACCGAUUGGGAUUUAAAAUAAUAAAUUAUCUCCCUAGUCAUGCAUUAGUUUUGCUUUUUUUUUAUCCAAAACUUGUUUCUAGAUGGCGGUCUCGGUUCUCUAAAAUACCAUUUGUUGAUUACCAUGAACUCUGAAUUAGCUUUGUUUUUGUUUUCGUUUUUUUAAUUUAAUUGUUUAUUUUUACAAAGAGAAUUCGAAGUACUUAGUUGUUUCUUAUAACCAUUUUACCAUAGUUAUUUUUGAUUUUUAAAAUAUUCGUAUAUAUUAUAUAGGACAAUAAUGGUAAGGAGCUAGACAAUUAUAAUACAUGGGGUAUAUUUAAUAUAUAAUAAAAGGUUUUAGUGCUUCAUUUUAUUCAAGCUUCAGUGGUCGAUUUACGCACAUGUUCUCAACAGGAGAUGC